UUUUGGAAAACUCUUGGGCAGCUUGCCAAACGCUCGUAUAGAGGCCAGACGCGAGGAAAACUCUGCUUAUCGAUUACGCACGUAACACAUUUGCUCCGAACAGCCGAAAUAGCAAAUAGUUAAAGAAAUUCAACGAGCCAAAUAAAUAUUUCUGCUGCCGAAUGAUAAUGGAGAUGAUAAUGAGGCUGUAACUGGGACACAAGAGACCAGACCGAAAGGAAGUGUCAGUCAAGUGCGGAAAAUCAGCAACCAGAAAGGGGAAGGGAUCUGAGGAGGAACAACCAGGACCAUCCAGCAGACACCAUCCGAGUUCAAGGAACUAGCGAACAAUGAAUCCCUACACACAAGGCGGCGGAGGAGGUGCCGGUGGCGGUGGAGCCAAUCCCUUUGGAGCACCUGCCGGUGGAGCAGGAUAUGGCCAGCAGGGUUAUGCCUAUGAGCAACAGGCAACAGGUGGCUAUGAUCAGGAAAUGAAUUUUGGCAAUCAACAGCAGCAACAGGCCGGUUAUGGACCACCAGGAGCCAGGCCACGAGUGGAUGUGGAGGCCAGUGGCGAGGUGGAUCCCAAUUUAUAUCCGGAAGCCAAGGAAUCAACGCACAAAGUACGCGGCCACUCGGACAUUCUGGAAAUGUUUUUCGGAGCGAGCACAGAACGUGAGCUGAUUCCCGUGAAGAGUUUCUACUUCUUCUUCUACGCCGCCUUUGGAUCGCUAUUCCCGCUGAUGGGCGUGUACUUUAAGCAGAUGGGAAUGAAUCCGGGACAGUGUGGUAUCCUAGUAGGAAUGCGGCCAUUUGUGGAGUUCCUGUCGGCCCCGUUCUGGGGCUCUUAUGCGGAUCGUUGUCGUCAGGGCAAGAGAUUGCUCCUUGGCUCAUUGGCCUGCUGGGUCCUCUUCACCAUUCCGUUGAGCUUCAUCCGACCGGAGGCCAUCAACUGUAUUGAACGGCGUAAUUCUACGGACUUUGUGUUGACCUACACGCGGACAAAGCGAGAUCUGUCGGCCAUGUAUGAGCCCGAGCAAAUGGAUUUGGGAACAGGAACCAUGCCAGCGGAUGAGGCUUUAGAAGAGGCGGAAGCAGCCCACAGCCGUCACAAGAGAUCUCUGCUGCUGCCCAGAAUCGAUGCGGGCAUCUCACCGGUUCACAUUAACUUUGUUAGCAACUACGACGAUAAGUACCACAGGGACUAUGUGACGCCCAUCUUUAGCUCUAUGGUUUAUAGGACUCCGGACAUCCAAAAGGCCUUCUUCCUGCUACUGCUGGUGAUCCUCAUUGGAGAAUUCUUCAGUGCACCGGCAAUCACUUUGGCGGACUCCGCUGUGAUAACGCUGCUGGGUGAGGAUGCUGAUAAGUACGGCCACCAACGGAUGUUUGGAUCCCUGGGAUGGGGUAUCUCCAUGUUCCUGGUGGGCAUCGCCCUGGAUCACUCCACCUCGUUCUCGAAUCAUCCAUGUGGAGCUGGCAACAAGGAGAAGAACUACAACAUCUGUUUCUCCAUUUUCUCCGUGUUAAUGACCUGUGCGAUUAUCUCCGCCUCGAAGAUCACCUUUAAGUACGAUCCCGUCGAUGAGCAAAUGGCGGCACAGCAGCAGGCACAGUUCGUGGAUCCUAACAAGCGUGCCGAGGAGGAGUCGAUGAACCAGUUGGCGGCCCAAUUGAAUCUGCCCUCGCUGGCCGUUGGUAGCGGCAGUGCCGCCUCGGGUGCCUGUGCCGGUGGCGUUAGUAGCUUCCUUGCUGCUGGCCAUCAGCCACAGCCGCAUAUUGGAGCCGAGUCAAAAGUCUUCGCCCAGACUGCCAAGGAAUUGCCGGAAUGGAUGACCGUGUUGACCCAUUUUAAAGAUCUGAAAACAGCUUCCUUCCUUUUCGUGGCCUGGUUCAUGGGCUUUGGCAUUGGUUUGAUAUUCACAUUUUUGUUCUGGCAUCUACAGGACUAUGGUGGCACUCCCACUCUGUUCGGUGUGGCCUCGGUCAUCAAUCAUGUUUCCGAGAUUUUUGCCUACUUCUUCAGCUUCCGUCUGAUCACUCAAAUUGGUCAUGUCAAGGUCUUGUGUCUGGGUUUAAUUGGUAAUGUGCUGCGCUUCCUUUAUAUUUCGUACCUGACCAAUCCGUGGAUGGUUCUGCCAUUUGAGCUGAUGCAGGGCAUAACCCAUGCAGCCGUGUGGGCUGCAUCAUGUUCUUAUAUUGCCCACAAUACUCCCAAACAUCUGAGAGCCUCGGCUCAGGGUGUCCUUCAGGGUAUCCAUCACGGAUUGGGUCGUGGCUGCGGCGCCAUUAUUGGCGGCAUGUUCGUCACCUACUACGGUACUACUACUACCUUCCGCUGGUAUGGCAUCGCCUGCCUCUUCGUCCUCGGCUUCUUCAUCUUUGUUAACUUUUAUCGGAAGGAGCAGGGCUUCAUUUCGGAAAUACCAGUCACCGAGGAUCCACAUCAGGUGGCCGAGGAGACCUCGCAUUUGGCUCCCCAUGGAGUUCCCAGUAAUCCGAUACCACGGGCUCUGUCCAACUCCCGGCUAAACGAGAUGAAUCCAAAUGGAGGACCAUAUGGAACCUACCAGACCACUGGCGGUAAUCUGGACAUACCCGGAGCCAACCAGCACAAUCCAUUCGCUCAGUAAAUGGGGCGGGGACUUAAGAUGCCCCUCAGUCGGCUUUCAGCCCAUCUUCAUACUCACAGAACUUAAAAAACGAACAAAGUAUAACCGCAAACAUAUCUUGGACAUUGGCCUGCAAUAUGAAUUGCAUAACUGCAUUGCUUUAUUUUGAUUUGUUGGGCAAUCAACAUACGAUCUACACAUAGCAUAGCAUAUACAUAUACACAUAUAUAUAUAUUUUAUAUAGGACAUGUCACAUAGCCAGCAUAAUGAUUCCAUAUUGAGUUAGAUUGGUUACAGUCGAUGGAUGGUUAAUAGUGGUGGGAGAGGGAAAUCGAAACGAAUUUUCACAUAGCAGCUUAGCAAUAUACAUAGGGCAAUAUAUGUGUGUGUGUACAACAGAUAGAUGUAUAUAUAUAUUGUGCCGAUCUAUAAUAUUUAUAGGCCUUUUUUAUAUUAGUUGCAUGCAAGCCGGUCGGCAAGGAUUUUCCUACCGGUUUUUAGUUUUGAGUUAUCAAAAUGCAGAGUUUGUUGCCUACUUUUUGGCGGUCACCAAAGCAAAUCACACAUACGCAUGGGGUUACAACCCCGAAUCAAACAUAAAGUACCUAUACAACUAUGCAAAACAACCUAAACAUAAAUUGCAAAAAAUAAAAAAGCAAAGAAAAUAACAAAAAAUUGAAAUACCAAUAGAAAAAAUGUGAAUACGGGGCGUUCCAAGGCUACAGGACAUCGGGAAGCAGUGGUAGCUGCUUCGUUUAGCCGCAGUUGAUUAUGACUAUGAUGUUCACUAUACUAUUUUAUAGUAUUAAUUUAGAUUAUCCCUUGUCUUAUGGCUUUGAAACGCACCGUAUGGGUUUCCCAAAACAGUUAGGGGAGUUUCUUGUAAAGGAAAAACUAAAAACUAAUUUCGUAUUCAAUUAUUUUAAAUUUAAAUUUUUUUUAUGGAAAAUUGUUGUAUGUUCUUGAUUUCAUAUGUUUUGAAAGUUUCAAAAAUUUCAAUUCCAAAAUUGUCCUUUGCAAUAUUACAAAGAAACCAAAUGAAGUAAUUUAAUAAAAAUAUAAAUGUAGUUGCAUUGAAAAGCAAAUUUAAAUAAAUUAAAAUAUUUAAACAAAAUUUAGAGACGAAAACCCGAAACUUAAACAAAUGUUGUAACGAAUGAUAUUAUGGAAAUCCGCCUCAUUGCAAUCAACUGUUGAAUAUUUUAAUUUUUACACAAAAUAUACUAAACAAAAUGACAUAUUUUGAAAUACCUAAAGAAAGCAUAUAAUAUAUAGAAAUAUAUAAUAUAUAUAUAUAUACGUUUAUAUAGUAUAUGAAAGUUGACGCACCAAAGUGAAAAGGCAAACUAAACUGUAUCUGUACCUAAGAGAUAUUUUUUCCUGAUUUCAGCUCGACGAUAAUGUAAGCUAAUAUAGCAAAUCUCUCGCUCGAUAUAAAUAAACAUUAAACCAAAAAUAUAUAUAUAUUAUGGUAAAUACUGUAAAACAUUAUUAUUAAACUAUUGUUGAUAGCAAAUUUGAUUGGAUAUUUUCUAGUUACGAUACGCUAGUUCUUGUGUACAGCACCAUAUUUCUUGAGAUUUUUCGGGUAGAUGAACUUUUAGUAUUAUGCAUUCUGUAAAACUGCACUCACUCAGUUAUGUUCGUUGAGCCGAUACUUAAAGAAAUCUCUCUCUAUAUAUAUAUUAUAUUAUAUUGAAAAAAAAAAAUGGAAAAAAUGAUACUCAUAUAUGGUAUACACUUAUAUAAGAAUGUACAAGUAUUAUACACAAUGCGCAUACAUAUGAUACAAAGGAUACAACAAUACCCAACCCAAAACCAAGAACCCCCCCCAAAAAAACUGACAAGUGAGUAGACGAAAAAGAAAAGCAAGAAAUCAUGUAAUUAUGUAUGUUUAAUAAAACGUUUAACUACCGAGUGAAGUCUAAAGACAAAGGCACAAAUAUCUUUUGCCAA